UGUAACAAACCAGACGAUUGCAAGAAUGUUCCAGCAUGCCAAGCCGCAUCAUGCACGCGAAACAAAUGUCAACUCAGUCCAGUCAACUGUGAUGAUGGCAAUGUGUGCACCACAGACAGCUGUGAUCUGAACAAUAGAUGUGUGUACACACCUGUCAACUGUGAUGAUGGCAAUCUAUGUACCAUUGACAGUUGCCAACAGAAUCAAUGCCAGUUCACACCAAUCAACUGUGAUGAUGGUAAUAUAUGUACUACAGACUCCUGCAGUUUGGAUAGGAAUGCAUGCCAACACAACAAGGUAGACAACUGUUGUCGAGAUGUAUCAGAGUGUCCAUCAUCCACUUGCCACAAUGUGACAUGUUCAUCGACCAAUCAAUGCCAAUAUACACCAUUCAACUGUGAUGAUGGUGAUGUGUGCACCUCAGACUCGUGCUCAGAUUCUGCCAACUCAUGCCAACAUACCAAGGUCAACUGUGAUGAUGGAGAUGUAUGCACUUCCGACUCGUGCUCCAUCUCUACCAACUCAUGCCAACACACCAAGGUGGACAAUUGUUGCCACAAUGCAGUGGACUGUCCAUCGCGCAACUGCUCCACGUCCACAUGCCAAACUAACCAAUGCAACUACUCACCAGUGAAUUGUGAUGAUGGAAAUGUUUGCACAAAUGAUCGUUGUGAUGUAGGAUCCAGAUGUUGCCUUCAAGACUCGGACUGCCAACCAUCCAACCCAUGUUCAAUCGCCAAGUGUAGUGCAGACACCAACAAAUGCCAAGAGACACCAAAGUCAUGUGAUGAUGGCGAUGUCUGUACAACAGACUCGUGUAGUAUGUCUGAUGGACAAUGCAUCCAUACCAAAAUUCCAGGAUGCUGUCACACUGCGAGCGAAUGCCCACCACCUGCCCUAGACUGUACACGAGCAUUCUGUGUACUCAACAAAUGUUACAUACCUGACUGUGUAGUCAUGACAUCAACUGGA